AUGUCGACCACGCCGCCGCCGGCGGCGGCUACCAUAUCUGUCGAGUAUGCCAAGUCCGGCCGCUCAACCUGCAAGGGGUGCAGCGAGGCCAUCGCCUCCGGGGCGCUCCGCCUCGGCGCCUCUGCGCGCGACCCCCGUGGCUUCGACGCCACCAAGUGGUACCACGUCUCCUGCUUGGCCUCCUCGUCGCACCCGCUCGGCCCCAUCGAGAGUAUCAAGGGGUUCGACUCCAUUAAGAAUUACAAGAGUGAUGGAAAUGUGGCUGAUGAAUUGAAUGAGUCAAAUAUGAAGAAAGAAAUGGCUCACAGCAUGGAGGACUCAAAAGAAGGUGCUGACAAGGAUCUGGAAGGAGUAAAGGUUCACUGCAUGGGGGAGUCUGAAGAAGGUGCUGAAAAGAAUCUGGAAGAAGCAAAGUUACCUGCAGGGAACAGACCGAUUGGUCCAUCGAUAUCCUUUUCACUUUCUGAUAUCAAGAAAGAAUACAAGGAUGCUACCCUUCCUGCUCAUUGGAAGGUUUUUGAUACAGUUAUCUUCCGUGAGCAGGAAGAUGGCCCUCAUGCUUCAUCUAAGAUUGCUGCAUUUGAUUUUGAUGGAUGCCUUGCCAAGACCAGUGUGAGGAGGGUUGGUGCAGACCAGUGGUCUUUACAGCAUAAAUCAAUUCUAGAAAAAUUGCAAAGACUGUACAAUGAUGGUUACAAGCUGGUCAUAUUCACCAAUGAGUCAAACAUUGAGCGCCAUAAGAACAAGCGGCAGCAAGCUGUUGACUCCAAAGUUGGUCGCCUUGAUAACUUUAUUGAAUGUGUUAAAGCCCCUGUUCAGGUUUUCAUUGCUUGUGGUUUAGGGAAAGGAAAAGAUAUUCCAGAUGAUCCAUACCGCAAACCAAAUCCUGGAAUGUGGUGGUUGAUGGCUCAGCAUUUCAAUUCUGGAAUCGAGAUUGACAUGGAUCGAUCUUUCUAUGUUGGUGAUGCUGCUGGGAGAGAUAAGGAUCACAGUGAUGCAGAUAUAAAAUUUGCUAAGGCCAUCGGUCUCAAGUUCCAUGUUCCCGAGGAAUACUUCGGUUGCUAG